UUUGACGCUUUGGUUGUAUAACCUCGGGAAAGCAGAGAGACGCUGUUAACGCAGCACGACUUAUUUAUUGUUUUCUUUGAAUCUACCAAAAAUAGUUUAUCAAAACAUUUGUGUAAUCAAACACAAAACUGUGUAUAAAUGGAUUUUCGAGCCAAAGGCAAAUUAAUAAAUUGUACCUGCAACUAAGUGAUUCUAAUAUGGCCAUCGAUCUAAGUAAAAUUUGUCGCUUGUGUUUGAAAAGUGUAAAAUCGGAAAAGGAAUUAGUUGAUAUCUUCAAAAACGAUGAAAACUGUUCGCUCCCGAUGAGGAUAAUGGCAUGUUCAGCUUUAGAGGUAAGCCAAAGUGACGCUUUGCCGAAAAACAUGUGUGUGGAGUGUCGCUAUGGACUGGAGAAAUUCUACCUGUUCCGGAAAAAAUCGAAAAACGCAGACACAAAAUUACGUCGGCACCUGCGAUUGGUGAAUGCUGGCAAAGUGAGCAAUGUAUUCGAAGAAGAGGAUGAUGACAGUGAAGAAUGUGAACAGUCAAUUGCCAUCCUCGCUAAAUGGGAGGGUCAGCAGGCGAAUAAACAAAUUGCACACAAUGACGACCGUAUUCAGAAUUUGAAACGCCAGUGGAACUUGGAGAUACGGAAAUGGGAAAAUGAUAAGGAACAAUGGGAAUUGGACAAGAUGUUGCUGCAGAAAAAGGUCGAGCAGUUGGAGAAUCUGAGGCGUGAAAAGCAAGAACAAUACCAAAAACUUCUAAGCCAAACAUCCGCAUUUGAAAUGGACAACACUUACCAGGAGCUUAUUAUCAAAAAUGAACCGAACGUCAGAGACAAACAAACGAAGGAAUGCGAUUCGACGGAAAUGGACAGUGAAGAAUAUUCGACAACAUUAAUGGUUCUCGAAUCAAACGAUAACUACGAGAAUUAUGAAAUGAUAACCGAUGAAGCGAAUAACUACACUUCGAUGUUUGAAGACGAAGAAGAGGAAUCGGAAGGUGCCGGGGACGAUGUUAUUGAUCGCGACCAAACCAAUUAUAUUUUAAGUGGAAACGAUGAUGAGAUUGAAAUAUCAUUUACGGAAGCUGAUGGUGAUGGUGAGAGCCAAAAAGAGGAUGACGAGGACUACACAAACACGGAGUAUUUAGAGAUUGAUGACGAUGAUGCAAAAGAAGAUGAAGAAGUGAUUCCGCUUGAAUUCAGUUCAAUGACCAAAGUUAUUCGUAAUACCAUUGCUGCGUGCACGGGCAUUAUGCCGGACCGUGAAGGUAUCGAAUGUAAGGUGUUCAAGAAAAAUGGCAAAUCAACGAAAAUUGCCGUGACGUCUGCCGAAAAUCCAGAGAAAACGUAUUACAUUGGCAUCCAGGAAAAUAGUAACGAUUCGGAGAGUAAAAAGCGACUCAAAGAAAAUCCCAACGAAAAGAAGCGAGGCUUAUGCUGUGAAUUUUGUACAAAAUGGUUUCCGAGUAGAAGUUCGCUGCUUCGUCAUGUACGCAUUCACACAGGCGAAAAACCGUUCCGAUGUGAAGAAUGUGGAAAAGCCUUCGUGCAGAAAGAAAUUCUGAAGCGGCACCAGAUGAUCCACUCCGGUGAAAAACCUCAUCAGUGCACAUUCUGUGAUAAGGGUUUCGUGCAGCGGGACAUGCUCAAACAACACAUAAAUCGAAAACAUUCAAAAAAUCCGAUCAUCAACUUGCACAAAUGUCAGCAAUGCUCGAAGGCAUUUCAUCAUGCAUCCGGUCUGAGUCGUCAUAGUUUGGUGCAUACUGGCCGAAAAUUCGAAUGUGAAUUUUGUUCGAAACCAUUUAGCGAUAAGAGCGCAAUGAAACGACAUGUAGCGUCGUUGCACAGCAACAUAAUGAAAAUUGAGACAUAAAAAA